GAUAGUGAAGAAAGGACCUAUGGCGGUUGUGAAGGACCGGAAGCCAUGUAUGUGAAGUUGAUUUCUUCAGAUGGCCAUGAGUUCAUUGUGAAAAGAGAACAUGCAUUGACAUCGGGUACUAUCAAGGCAAUGCUGAGUGGUCCAGGUCAGUUUGCCGAAAACGAAACCAACGAAGUCAACUUCAGGGAGAUUCCCUCACAUGUUCUCUCCAAGGUCUGCAUGUACUUCACUUACAAGGUCCGCUAUACCAACAGCUCCACGGAAAUCCCCGAAUUCCCCAUCGCCCCCGAGAUUGCACUGGAACUGCUCAUGGCGGCUAACUUCCUCGAUUGCUAA